AUGAUGAUGGAUUAUUUUGUUACAAAUAAUUCUUUGGCACCUGCACCUAUGGGAAUUCAAAGUACUGCUGGUGCCGUACCUGUAAAAAAUGAUAAAGGUUAUUAAAUAUUAUAAUUAUAAUUAAUACUUAAUUAAUUAUAUUACUUAUUUUCCUGUUAUAAAAUUAUAAUUAUUAUUAUAAAAACAAAGCGGUUAGAAGUUAUCUUUAUGAAUUAUAUUUUAAGAUAUAAUUAUAUUAUAUCUUAAAUCUCCAUUUAAAUUUAGGUGAACUUUCUAUGAAAAAAGUAAAAGUACAUCGUUAUGUUUCUGGCAAACGACCUGAUUAUGCACCAACUGCUAGCUCAGAAGAAGAGUCUGAAGAAGAAGAUUUUUUAGAAAAACGUGUACAUAAAAAUUACGAAGAAAAUGAAAUUUCUACAGAGACAACCACACAUUCACAGGUUAAAAUAAGCGAUGAAGAUGAUCCACGUAUAAGAAGAUUAAUACGUUUAGAAAAGCAAAAGGAAUCUAAUACAGAAAUUUGUGCAGAAAGACAUAGACAUAUACAUGAACCAGAAUUAAUUGAUAUUGAACCUGAAAGAACUCGAGAAAGAAUUAAAUUAGAAAGUUCAGAUUCUUCAGAAGAUGAAGAAUUGUCAGAUUCCGAAAUUGAAAGAAGACGAGAAGCAUUAAAACAACGAGUUUUAUCAAAAAAAGAAAAUGAAGAAGAAUUAAUUCAUGGAGAAGAAGAUGAAAGAUCGGCUGAUACUUCUGAGGAAAGCUCAGAAUAUGAAGAAUAUACAGAUUCAGAGGAAGAAACCGGGCCAAGGUUGAAGCCAGUUUUUGUACGUAAAAAAGAUAGAAUCACUGUGAUGGAGAAAGAAAAGGAAGCAAUGAAACAAAAGCAAGCAGAAAUUGAAGCCAAAAAGUUGGUAGAAGAACGAAAACGACAAACAUUACGUAUGGUAGAAGAAGCAAUAAGAAAAGAAGCACAAGUAAAUAAAAAUAUUAGCGAACACGAAGGAAAACUUGAAGAUGUUUGUACAGACGAUGAAAAUGAUGAGGUUGAGUAUGAAGCUUGGAAAUUACGAGAAUUAAAAAGAAUUAAACGUGAUCGUGAAGAAAGAGAACAACUUGAAAAAGAACGGCUUGAAAUUGAACGAAUACGUAACAUGACAGAAGAAGAACGGAGACAAGAAGCGCGAUUAAAUCCAAAAGUCAUUACAAAUAAAGCUGCCAAAGGAAAAUACAAAUUUCUACAAAAAUAUUACCAUCGUGGAGCUUUCUACUUGGAUAAAGAGGAUAAUAUAUUUAAACGAGAUUUCUCUGGUGCAACUUUGGAGGAUCAUUUUGAUAAAACGAUUUUACCAAAAGUUAUGCAAGUGAAGAACUUUGGACGUAGUGGUAGAACUAAAUAUACGCAUUUAGUUGAUCAAGAUACUACUCAAUUUGAUUCACCAUGGAUUUCAGAAACGGCACAAAAUUUAAAAUUCCAUAACAAUCAAGCUGCGGGAAUGAAGCAAGUAUUUGAACGACCAUCAUUGAAAAAACGUAAAAAUGAAAAUUAAUGUAAAAACUUUAAUUUGAAUAAAUCUGUAUUUACAAUGUUAUUGAAUGAUAUAGCAUGAUAUAAAACAAUAAUACAAUAUAUUAAUUAUGAUGUAAAUUUCUUAUUAAUUAUAGAUUUUGAAUAUUUUAAAUAUAUAAUAAUUUGUAAAUAUAAUUUUCAGUACAUAUAAUAAUGAUCUAUUUUUUACAUAAUAAACUUUUUAAAGCUUGCUUUGCAGCAGCACACUUUGCUUGUUUUUUAUUUGCACCAAAUCCAUGAAAAUAUUUUACUUUCCCAGCAAUAAUUACUUUUAAAGGUACCAUGAUAACAUUCAUAUUAUUAACAAUACUUGGUUUUCUGGAAAAUAUGUAAUUAUUAAUUUUAAGAAACAUGAAAUAUUAAUUACUACUAUCAAUACUUACAGGAAUUGUGGAUUUGCACCUUGAGUUUCAUAUAAUACACGAAUCGGUUGUUUUGGAAUAUUUUUACUGAAUUCAGCUAGAUAAAAAUUUCAAGUUAAUGAUAUUUAUUUAUAGUAAAAUAUUUUAAAGUCAUCAAAUUAUUUUUAUAAAUACACAUACCGAUUUCUUUAUGCAUAAUGGAAUAUAUUAUAUUCCAUACUGUUGUAAGAUUUUUGUUACUAUCUAAAUAUAUUGCACCUAUCGUUGACUCAAAUAUAUCUCCUAAAACUUUAGGAACUUCUACAUGUUCAGCCAUAUUACAUUCGUCUUCUUCUAAUAAAAUCCAUAGAAGCUGUAAAUACAAAAAACAUAUUAUGUACAUAUAGAAAUACAAUACAUAUUUUAAAAUAAUUCAAAAUAUAUUUAAUGUAUUUCUUUUAGUAAUAUGA